AUGAAUAUUAACAUGAAAACCAAGAAAUAUUUGACCAACCAACUGCUUCAGAGGAAACAAAUGGUCAUCGAUGUCCUUCACCCUGGGAAGGCAACAGUACCAAAGACAGCAAUUGGGGAGAAAUUAGCCAAAAUGUACAAGACCACAUCAGAUGUCAUCUUUGUAUUUGGAUUCAGAACUCACUUUGGUGGUGGCAGGACAACUGGCUUUGGCAUGAUUUACGAUUCCUUGGAUUAUGCAAAGAAAAAUGAACCCAAACAUAGGCUUGCAAGGCAUGGUCUGUAUGAGAAAAAAAAGACAUCAAGAAAGCAGUUGAAGGAACGCAAGAACAGAAUGAAGAAAGUCAGGGGGACUGCAAAGGCCAAUGUUGGUGCUGACAAAAAGCCAAAGGAGUAA